UUACGCUUGACAGAAGUAAAAGUAACCUGCAUGUCGCUCGGUCGGUUUUCGGGGUGUUUCGGGGAACUUGGCGGGUUGAGGGCUCUGCUGGAACGUUGAGCCUUCGCCUGUGGAGCUUGUUGAGCUGUCAUGGUGGACCUGUGCGGGGUGUAGCCGCGCUCUUCGGGGGAGAGUCGUCUGUCUCUGGGCCUGCUCUUGUGUCCCGUCCUCCUCCGUCGGUCGACAUGUCGCUGGCCGACUACGAGAGACACUUCGACUCGUUGAACUCGGACCUGGGCAGCGGGUCUGUGGUCAGCGAUCGGACCGGCUCCGGGUCUUUUAAUGGCGCGGAAGAGAAGCUGCACUACAUUCCGAUCCGGAUCCUCGGACGCGGGUCGUUCGGUGAGGCGACCCUGUACAGGAGAACGGAGGACAACUCUCUGGUGGUGUGGAAGGAGGUGGACCUGAACUCCUUGUCGGAUCGCGAGCGCCGCGACGUGAUGAAUGAGAUCAGCAUCCUGUCCAUCCUGGAGCACAACAACAUCAUCGCGUACUUCAACCACUUCAUGGACAAGAACACUCUGCUCAUCGAGCUGGAGUACUGCAACGGAGGAAAUCUGUACGAUAAAAUCAUUGUGCAGAAGGGGGAGCUGUUCAGCCAGGAGGUCGUUGUUUGGUACCUGUACCAGAUUGCUUCGGCUGUGGCUCACAUUCAUAAGGCGGGAAUUUUGCACAGAGACAUCAAAACUCUCAACAUCUUCCUGACCAAAACCGACCUCAUCAAGCUGGGUGACUACGGGCUCGCCAAGAAACUGGGCUCGGAGUUUUCAAUGGCUGAGACUUGUGUGGGAACCCCGUACUACAUGUCCCCGGAGUUGUGCCAGGGGUCCAAGUACAACUACAAAUCGGACAUUUGGGCGAUGGGCUGCGUGCUCUACGAAGUCAUGACUCUCACCAAGACUUUUGAUGCCACGAACCCCCUAAAUCUGUGCGUGAAGAUAGUCCAGGGCAACUGGAGCAUGGACAUUAACUCGCAGGCGUAUUCUGCUGAGCUGAUCGAGCUUGUGUACGGAUGUCUCAAGCAGGAUCCUGAGAAAAGGCCCACAGCGCAGCAGAUCCUGGAUCAGAAGAUCCUCUCCAGCAACAGACAGCAGCUGGAGGAGCGAGUGGCGCUGCUCAACUCAGCCAUGAAGAAACCCAAGCUGAACACGGUGACGGAAACGCCGGUGGCUGUGGUGACCACUCGCUCCAGAGAGGUGUACUGUUGGGGUGCGGGGAAGUACACUCCUCAGAAGCUGGACUCCUUUAAAGGGGGCACCAGCGCUCAGCAGGUGUGUGCGGGAACCAAUCAUUUCGCCGUGGUGACGGUGGAGAAGGAGCUGUAUACCUGGGCGAACUCCCAAAGUGGAGCCAAGAUGGUGGGGCAGCUGGGGCACGGAGACCAGUCGUCGUGCCGACAGCCCAAGAAGGUGGCGGCGCUGCAGGGGAAGGCCAUCCGACAGGUUGCUUGCGGGUCGGACUUCACUGCCUGUGUCACAGACGAGGACCAGAUGUACAUGUUCGGCUCGGACUACUACGGCUGCAUCGGCGUGGAGAACGACACGGGCGGCGAGGUCCUGGAGCCGGUGCUGCUGGUGUUCUUCGAGGAGCGCCCCGUCCGGCAGGUGUCCUGCGGAGACAACCACGUGGUGGUUCUGACCCAGAGCGGGGACGUCUACUCAUGGGGCUGUGGAGAGUACGGGCGUCUGGGUCAGGAAAGCGAGGACGACACUUCUUCUCCGAUGAAGGUCGAGCUGCCGAAGGGCGCCAGCAUCUUCUCGGUGUCGUGCGGCAGCGACGGGACCUUCUUCAUCACUGAUACGGGGAAGGUUUUGGCCUGUGGGAACAAUGAAUUCAACAAGCUGGGACUGGACCAGGGGAUCUCCGGGCUCAAGAACCAUCCAGGAGAGGGCUACCAGGUCACUCCCUACAUGACCACGCCCUCUUUGGUCAAGCAGCUAUCCCGGUUCCAGAUCCAAGCCAUAUCAGCGGGAAAGGCCCACACAGCGGCCAUCGACGGGCGAGGUCGACUGAUCACCUUCGGGUGCAACAAGUACGGACAGCUGGGCGUCAAAGAUUUCAAGAAACACCUGGGAGUUCAAGUCCUUGUGGGUCCGUUUGGUGGAAAGACUGUGACCAAAGUGUCGUGCGGAGAUGGGUUCACGAUCGCAGCCACUGAAGACAACCAGAUCUUUGCCUGGGGAAACGCCGGGAACGGGCGACUGGGAAUGCCGGCGGAUAAAGGCUUUGGGUCUGAGGUCUGCCCGGCCAUGCCCAGACCUAUUUUUGGAUCCCUCCACCAUGUCCCGGACCUCUCCUGCAGUGGCUGGCACACCAUCAUCAUCAUGGAAAAGGUCCUCAACUCCAAAACCAUCCGCUCCAACAGCAGCGGACUCUCCAUCGGAAGUGGAGUGGAGCAGGAGGGAUCCACGUCCUCGGUGGAUUUAGAUAUGGACCGGAACGCUGAAACGGAGUGCCGUGAUCGAGGACUCGGCGGGACAGUGGAGGCGGACCCCGAGGAAUUAUACAUGGAGAGGCCGAUGAUGUCAGUGGGGAACCAGACCGGGGACAGCUCCUGCCCUCUCUGGCUGAGGAAGGAACUUGAGGACGCCGAGUACAUUCCGAUGCCGGAGGAUUCCCAGAAGUCCCUGCCGAGUCCGCUGUCCUCCUACUCCGAGAGAGUGACUCGUCCCUACAACGAGCUGAAGGAGCUGACGGCGGCGGCGGCAGUGGUUGGCAGCCAGAAAGACCAGGAGACAAUGAGGAUGAGCGGCGACAGGAUCAAUGGAGUGCAAGAGGGCUCAUGUUGUGGCGCGUGCCCGGAGGUCAUACAGCUCCGAGAGGUGGUGGCACAACAAGAGAAGAGGAUUCAGUUGCUCGAGAAACAGGUCAGCGAGCAGAAGAAAGAGAACGAGCGGCUCUGGGCUGCGGUCAUGCGACAUCAAGAACCAGGAUGCGACCGGAAUGGAAACCAGCUGCACACGUCGGUGGACGCCGCCGUGAGAGGACCCAUGUUCCCUGGCAAAGGAGGCCGACCAGCAGGAGGCAGCGUCUGACCCGCACCCCCUCCCUGAUCACAGUGUCACCCCACAAUCUGGACGCUGUGUCGGGGGCGCACAAGCUCCGUCACUCCGACUCCCAAUGUGAACUUUUAUUUAACAGUCAAAUAUACGACUUCACGGAUUUGCUCUUUCAUGCGCGACGGCUGAAACUACUGAUGCGUUUGGACACUUGGUUCUCUGUCCAAUGAAGCUAUUUUUGUGACACACACUUGAACACCUUUUGUUUUCCUCCCUCAAGUGCCUUUCUCUGUGGUGUUUCUUCCCUGCUCUUUUUCUUAAAAGCAAAGCUGCGUGGCGUUCAAGUGCUACUAUCCACGUGUGACGUUUCAGUAUGUGAGAUGAGCUCGCUGCCCUGGUCAGCCGCUUGAAACCAAAGAGAGUGGGAUUUUUGAUCGCGUCGGUGUGCAGAUGCUGCGAUGUCAAGACUUAUGUAAAAGCCAUAGACAAUAAAUGUUUACCUGUU